AUGAAUAAGAUGGACAGAACAGAGGACUCUGAAAGAUCUGAGAGAUAUGACAAAUCAUCUGGCCUUCAGGAAGCCCUGGAUGAGGAGAGAAAAGCCAAAGCAGAGGAGCAAACAAAAAGCAGCUCACUGCAGAUGAACAACGAGGCUGCUGUCUCUCAGCAGAAGAAGGAAGCAGAAGAACUGGCCCGUCUGACUCAACACCUCACCUAUGAGAACAAAAGACUGCAAAGUGAACUGGAGGCUGCUGUCAAUAAACAGCACAUUGAGGAGAAGAAGCUUCAGGACGACAGAAGAGCUUACAGCAGACUGGAGGAGAACCUUAAGAACGAGGAGGCUCGUUUCUCCAGAGCCUCACAGAAGAUCCAGAGCCAAGAGAAAGAGCUGUCUGAGAAGACCCUGGCUUUGGAGGGACUGCAGAGGGACUACGAGGCUGCUGUCUCUCAGCAGAAGAAGGAAGCAGAAGAACUGGCCCGUCUGACUCAGAGGAACCAACACCUCGCCUAUGAGAACAAAAGACUGCAAAGUGAACUGGAGGCUGCUGUCAAUAAACAGCACAUUGAGGAGAAACAGUCCGAAAUCGAAGAGAUUGCGAACUUUGAUGAUAAGACUUUUGAGUUUGCUGAGGAGGAGGAGGAAGAUAUUAACGAGCAGACCUCCAUCUCCAGCAACAGAGAAAACUACAGCGUCACUUCCUUUGCUGAUACAGACGACGACAUUAAAGAAUUGCCUGACCUAGACCUAGACCCAGAGUCAGAAAUGGAAGAGAUUUCGGACUUUGGAUCAGUAUAAUUGUGCACCAGACCAGCCGCGGCGCCAGGAUUUCAAUUGUGGGUGGGCCAAUGUAAUUUCGGCUGGGCCUGUUCUAAUAGAUGUUUCUCGUUAACAAAAAUGCAAUAAAAAUAAAUGGCUGCAUAUCAUUGUAGGCAACUGUGUAAUGCAUAUUUCCUAUAGUAAAGACACUUUUUCAAAACCCUUCUCUUUUAAACAUUUUCACUUAUGAGAAGCUUAAAUAUUAUUUAAAUG